CGUGAUAGGAAGUCCCGCCCCUUUUCCAAUGACGCCAACGGCGCUGUGAUGUGAGUUUGCUUGGUAGCAAAACCUCACAUUACUGCACAUUACAGUUCGUCAUUUUAAUCAAGCAAUCGUGAUCUUAAGAAGGGCUGUAUAUAGCGGAAUAUCAUGUCAGACACGGAGACCAAGCCCUCAAGUGAUGGAGGCGAGAAGAAAGAUGGAGAAUAUAUUAAACUGAAAGUGAUCGGCCAGGACAACAGUGAAAUUCACUUCAAAGUGAAGAUGACAACACAUUUAAAGAAGCUGAAGGAAUCCUACAGUCAGAGACAGGGAGUACCCAUGAACUCUCUAAGGUUUCUUUUCGAGGGACAGAGAAUUGCAGACAACCAGACCCCCAAAGAGCUGGGAAUGGAAGAUGAGGAUGUGAUUGAGGUGUAUCAGGAACAGACCGGUGGCUGUCGAAAUGACUAGACCUUUAUUUUCAUGCUUUUUAUCUUAAUUUUGUAUGUAUGACAUGUAUUUCAUCUGUUUCCUUUUGCUGUCACCUCAAAGGGAAGCAGAAAAACCAUCUGGAUCAUAAUCUGUCAGGGCUGCUGUGUCUCAAGGAGUCGGGCGGAAUUACAAUAGAAACUGUUUUUCUAGCCAUAUCCCACGUUCACUAUCCUCUGUCUGUCUCGUGCUAACCCAUCCCUGCCUUCAUACACAUCUUUUAAAGGAUUCUGGUCAUGUUCUGCAAUGACACGUGUAAUGUUGUGUUGUGCCCUGAGCUGAUUGAAAACAGUCUUGUUUAGCUGUAGAGUACUGCUCCAAAUCUUUAAUUAUGCUAUUAAAUCCAAUCAACAAAUCAAGAUGAAUAUUUGAUGACUGCUUUGGUGUUUUCACUUUUAUAAGUAAUUAAGGCAUUGUUCAUUUAGUUGGCCAUCAUUAUAUGUUCCGUCAAUCCUUAGCUUUCAUAAAACACUUGUUCAUUCAGUGGUUUUUGACUCAUUUUAUACUAGUGAACACAUCUGCCUUAAUGUAAUAGUAAAACAUUUACAUUCUGGGAUGCUUAUUUAUGUACAACUGGUGUUAGAAAACUGUAAAAUAUUUGUUUGCUCUUCAUGCAUGUGUCUGCAGCAGCUGUGUACAGUUGUACUGUAGCCUAUAUUGGCACACUAUGAAUUGCAAGAGGGAGGUCACUUUAUAAGUGACAAGGUGUUUUUUUUUUUUUUGGCAUGGUUUUGUCUAAUGUAUUAGAAUUUGUACCCCUGUCUGAAUUUGUGUUGUCACCUACUCUUCUGCCAGGUUUUGGAUAUUUGGCUCCCUUUUAGCCACAAUAAUUGAUUUCAAAACCUGAAAAUAAUAGGUAACUAUGUUGUUUGAUUAGUACUCAGGGGCAUCGUUCUCAUACACACAAUAAAUACAGCAACCGUGUCACUGUACUCACAUUUCUUUUCCUACACUUUUAUACUUUUUAAUUAUAUGUGAGAUGGGAGGGAUAUUUGGUCCAGAUGGUUUUGUGGAUAUUGGAGAAUUAUGACUUUGCUUUGUCUUGUUUUUUUUAAAUAAAAUGUGUCAUAAAACA